CGUUAUGACGUGUUUUUAAAAUCCUACAAAAAAAAAAAAAAAAAAAAAAAAUCCCUCAACGCACGGUUGAAGCCGAGACACUUGUUAUAAUUAACUUUGACAGAGUCUUUGGAGCUGGACGUGUUAUUAGAACAGCACCAGUGUGAAAGUUCAUCUCCGAACCAACUCUUGUUUAAUCUGCUGCUGCUGUUGAAGCUGUUCUAGUAUAUUCUCUGUACAAUAGCUUUUUGUAUUAUAUUUUUUCUAAUUUAUAUAUUAUAACUUAUAAACCAUUGGUUCUUAACUAUAAGGAGCUGUUGUAACCAUUUAAAAUGAUGGCUGCUUAAUAACAAGCAGCCAUCAUUUUAAAUCCACCGUUUAAGGAACGUUAAUUGAAUAAUAAUUAUUAUUAUUAUGACAUGACAUGGUAUCGCUGCUGAGUUUUAAAUACUUUUCUCAGAGCAAAAGCUGCUGAAACAACAAAUCUGACUAAUGUUCUCAUUUACUACAAUCUCUGUUUUGUAUAACUGCACCUUUAUAUGCGUUAACUUCACAUUAAAAUGACUGCGUCGAGGACUAGUUUCAGACCUUAACAAACUGGUAACAAACUAGUAACAAACUUGGUGAUGCAAUGCUACUAAAAUCCUACUGUAAAUAACAUAUCUGUAACAGAUAUUCAGAAUGGCUGAAACCAGAUACUUCCCCAAAUCACUUAGCCCUGAGCCUCUGUGAGCAUGUCCUCUGUUUGUCCUAUGUCCUCCAGCAAAGACAAAUACAGCCUAAAACACAUGAGCCACUGUGUUGGCAGCAGCCGGCAAACAGCGGACAGUGAUGGAGAGCGGAGUCUCAUUGCACCUCCGUCUGGGGAGAUCGGCACCAGUGAUGAUGUCACGGACCAACAGCAGCACACGACAGGAUUUGUCUACGUUUUGGCUUUUUUUUCUGCCAUAGGAGGACUUCUGUUUGGCUACGACACUGGUGUGGUGUCUGGGGCCAUGCUGCUUCUCAAGAAGGAGAUGAACCUAAACGCUCUCUGGCAGGAGCUGCUGGUCUCCAGCACAGUUGGAGCGGCUGCCGUCUCUGCCCUAAGUGGAGGCUACCUAAAUGACUGGCUGGGCCGCAGGAUUUGCAUUCUCAUGUCCAGUUUCAUCUUCACGGUGGGUGGCAUCAUCAUGGGUUCAGCCCCAGACAAGGUGGUUCUUCUUGUGGGCAGAGUCACAGUUGGCCUCGGGAUAGGCUUAGCCUCCAUGACUGUUCCUGUCUACAUUGCUGAAGUUUCCCCUCCUCAGCAGAGAGGUCAACUUGUCACUGUGAACUCCCUCUUCAUCACUGGUGGUCAGUUCAUUUCCAGUGUGGUGGACGGUGCCUUCAGUUACCUAAGCCCCGGAGGAUGGAGGUACAUGCUGGGCCUCUCCUGUCUUCCUGCGGUGCUGCAGUUCGUUGGCUUUUUAUUCCUGCCCGAAAGCCCCCGCUGGCUUCUCCAAAAAGGCCGCAGCCAGGAGGCUCAGCAAGUUCUCAGCCAGAUCCGAGGUGGCCAGAACGUUGACGAUGAGUAUGACACCAUCAAGACCAGCAUCGAGGAGGAAGGGAAGGACGCAGGCGCAGGAGGCAUCGUCUUCCUGCAGAUCCUCAACCACGGUCCGACACGCCGGGCUCUGAUUGUGGGCUGUGGUCUCCAGAUGUUUCAGCAGCUGUCGGGUAUAAACACUGUCAUGUACUACAGCGCCACCAUUCUGCAGAUGGCAGGAGUGCGGGACGAUAAACAGGCCAUUUGGUUAACCACCGUAACGUCUGCCACUAACUUUGUGUUCUCGCUGGUUGGAGUCUGGCUUGUAGACAAAGUCGGCCGCAGAAAGUUGACACUGGGGAGUCUCCUGGGAACUGGUUUGAGUCUCACCUUGUUGGCAGUUGGAUUCUUGCUGUCUGCCCAAAACUCUCCACCUAUCACCCUCCACCCAGGUGAUCCUGACAACUCCACCUGCACACAGUACAGGUUCUGUGAGGCCUGCAUGUUGGAUCCAACCUGUGGUUUUUGCUUUCGUGAAAACGGAACUCAAGUGUACGACUCCUCCUGUGUUCCUGUCAAUCCGGUGUCCAUAGAUCAUGCAUCAUGGGGGAGAUGUUCAAAUAUGUCUGAGGUAAGCAACAGUCCAAACUGGGCCUACAACUUCUGUCCCACAUCCUACUCUGGUGUUGUCCUGAUGGGCCUCAUCCUCUACCUUGCGUUCUUCGCUCCAGGCAUGGGUUCAAUGCCCUGGACUGUGAAUUCAGAGAUCUACCCUCUGUGGGCCCGCAGCACCGGCAACGCCUGCUCAGCCGGGGUCAACUGGAUCAGCAACGUCUUGGUUUCUCUCACCUUCCUUCAUAUUGCCCAGUUUCUCACCUAUUAUGGGGCCUUCUUCCUCUACUCCGGCCUGGUGGUUCUGGGUCUCAUCUUUGUCCUGGGCUGCCUCCCUGAGACCCAGGGUCUGCAGUUGGAGGACAUUGAAAACCUGUUUGCCGGUCAACUCUGCUCCUGUGGAACAACCACAUCCAAGGGCAACCGUCACGUCCACUACACCCGGGUAAAGGGCAGCAACUGUCCCCUAUCUGACAACGAUGCCUCUGAUGUAGACUAGACUAUUAUUUGCUAUGCGGUGCUGCUCCCUGGUGGCUGAACUCAACUAUACAUCCAACAUCAGACCUGUCACAAUGGGCAUAUAUUCUGUUUCUUUGGAGACUGUGGGUUUUCUUAUUUCUGCGGGGGUCAUUUCUCUUUCUGUUUGUCUUUUUUUGUUUAAAUUUCUCAACAUGUUCUGAGUUAAUAAAUAUAUAAUAAUAGAAAUAUUAUUUCUAUUACAUAUUAUUAUAAUGUAUAUUAAAAUGUGCAAUGUUUUACUUCAACACUCCAAUCAUUCAGCUGUGGCUGUUAAUCCAAUGAACAGAUAUUUGAACGUGGGCAUCAGUUUUGAACUGUUUCUGCCUGAUGGGUUCAAAAGUAGAUCUGUUACUGUUGUUUUUUAUUGCUGAGUCAAUGAAGUGGAUUUUUAAGCGAGUCCUUGACAAGACGCAACCAACGAAAUUUCAAAUAAUUCAAAUAAUUAAGAAUGCCGCCAAAAACUGUAAUCAAGCAGCUAAACAGACCAAAUGUAACUGAUGUUGAUGGUGUUGACGGCCAACAGAAGAGGAGACUCAUCCACCUCUGGAGUUGGUUGACUUGUUAAGAAGCAACACCAAAAACUAAUGGACAUUUACCAAGUCUUUUGCUUAUUGUAUUGUAAAUAAAUAGUGUCACCAGAUUAAACAGUA